AUGGCGAUGCCUAUGAGCAACGUGGAUGAAAUCCGCGACAGAGUGAUUUUGGGUGAAUUUGGUGUUAAAAAUGUUCAUUCCACACAUUUCCCUGGAAAUUACCCUGGUUAUGAUGACACAUGGGACUUCAGAAAAUUUAAAAAGAAUUUCAGGCUUGACAUUGUUCAAAUGGAUGAAAACACAUUGGAGUUUGAUAUGGUGGGAAUAGACGCUGCCAUUGCCAAUGCUUUCCGGAGGAUACUGAUCGCUGAGGUCCCAACCAUGGCAGUUGAAAAGGUUUUCAUUUACAACAAUACAUCUAUCGUUCAAGAUGAGAUCUUAGCCCACAGACUCGGCCUGGUACCAAUCAAAGCAGAUCCUCGUCUUUUUGAGUACAGAAAUGCUGGUGAUGAGGAAGGCACUGAAAUUGACACAAUUCAGCUUCAGUUAAAAGUAAAAUGCACAAGGAAUCACAGGGCAUCCAAAGACUCAUCAGAUCCCAAAGAGCUGUACCUUAAUCACAUGGUGUGCUCCAGAGACAUGAAGUGGGUACCUAUUGGAAACCAGGCUGAUGUGUUUGCUGAUGCUAAUAUUGGUCCUGUGCAUGAAGACAUUCUCUUGGCUCAGCUGCGGCCGGGUCAAGAGCUAGACAUAGUCAUGCACUGUGUUAAAGGAAUAGGCAAGGACCAUGCCAAGUUUUCCCCAGUGGCCACUGCUAGUUAUAGGCUACUUCCUGAGAUCACAUUACUGGAGCCAGUAGAAGGAGAAAAAGCUGAGAGAUUAAAACGCUGUUUCUCAGCUGGAGUGAUUGAACUGGAGAAUGUUGAUGGAAAACAAGUCGCUAAAGUAGUCAACAGUCGACUGGACACAUGCAGCAGAGAGGUGCUCAGGCAUGAUGACCUUAAGGGUUUGGUAAAACUAGGAAGAGUGCGAGACCAUUUCAUAUUCUCAGUGGAGUCUACGGGAAUCCUACCACCUGAUGUGCUGGUCAGUGAGGCAGUUAAUGUACUCAUUGCCAAGUGCCAGAAAUUUCUCAGUGAGCUUGAUUCAGUGUCUGAAAUGGAAUAGAUGAAGGAUUUUGGCCCACAUGCACAGCAGUCAUCAUAACCAGGACCUAAAGACUGUAAAACUGCAGGAUGUGGGAGUGCAUGGUUAAGAAACGUUUACUUUCUGAAUUAUGAAAUCAGUCAUUCAGACAGCCCUGAGGAUGUAAGAGCCACUUAUCAACACGGGCUACAGCAAAGUUAUCUUGACCUGACACAGCUCAAGUUCAGUUCAGGUUUAUAAAGCAACACAAUUGUUUAAUUUACGUGUCACUUGACUGGCCUGAUAAUAGCUAUGAUGUACACAGAAAAAAGUAUGUCAGCAUUGUUGGCAUUUGAGGUCAGUAUGUGAUACCACAGACAGACAUUUCGACACUUCAGUGUGUACUGAGAAAAGCAAAAUAAAACAUUAAACUCUCAAUUAAGAAAUGCUUAAGGGUAUUGCCAUUGUAU